AUGUUGCGCGACCAGCUGCAGUGCUUCCCCGGCAUCUUGCUGCUGCGUGCUUCGAGGCUUUGCCAGGCGGGCGUGACCCCGGACCUGCUAGUGCCUCCGUCGGAUGGUGGCCUUGCCCCAGCUUCUUCGGAGUGCCCGAGGCGAAGAGAGUACAAGGAGGAAAAUGAUCCACCGGCCAUGGAUCCUGAACAAGAUACUGGGCCUUCUUCCGCGGUCCUCGGAAUUUCAAGCAUGACCUGCCACUCAUGCGGGGGGCAGGAAGUCAUGACCGAUCGCGUGUUCUCAGAGCGUGGCCAGCUUUUCUGCCAGGAAUGUUGGUGCGCAUGGGAGCGUUGUGGGUGGUGGAAGCCGUCUAUACGUGUGUCAACUAGUCCACCGAGGCUGUCAUCCUCGGGAGUUCCAAUUUUACAUGGGGAGGAUGCUUUCUUCCUGCCGGCGUUUCUAUGCCCCCAUGAGGACAGAGGUGUCAUGGAACGACUUCAGACUGAGCUGGAAGCCGAAGAGAAAGCCAUGUCCGAGUGGCAUGGAGCUCGACACUUAGGCUUGCAGUUUGAAUCCGGGAUUCCUUCUUUCGAUCGAAGCCUGCGAGCACAGCUUGUGCGUCGGAUGGAGAAGGCUUUCGGUAUCAAAGCUUCGGCUGUUCGACUGAACUUGUAUCGGUCGCAACAAGACUACAAGCCCUUGCACUAUGACCGCGGCCGAGACUCUGAAGGGGUUCCCCAGCUCACUGUGGGCGCAUCCUUUGGGGCAGUUCGUGAGCUGACGCUUAUGCACGUGAAGUCAGGUGUGACCAUGUCCUUCCCUCAGGGCAACGGGGAUGUCUUUGCCUUCACGCCGGAGCUGAAUGAAGUGUUCAUGCAUGGCGUGCCACACAUUCUGCCCAACUCCCCCUCCUCCCUCGAUUCAGCUGAAAGCGGCCGGCAGACCAUGGGCAGCUCCGCCCAAGGUUUCUACACUGCCUCCGGCUUCAGGCAGCGAGGUAUCCUCUCCGAGGUCGUGAAGCCGCACAGGCGCCAGGAGGUGGACUCCUGUAAGCUAGGACCGGAAGAUGUGGGCACCUGCUCCAGCACCUUGCGAAAGUCCGCAAGUGCCACGAGCUUUAGCCUUUCCGAGAGGUUGCGGGCAAAGGCACAAGAGGCAACACCCAAGACGCCUCGAAGAACAACGCAAGAUGUGGAGCCCAAGGUGAUCGAAGUCUACGCCCAUCGACCGGGAGACCGACCUCGGAAAGUCACCGUGGAGCGCCGCAGGAAGUGGUUCGAAGCUCUGGAUGUCGUUGCUCUACUAGAGGAGCGAGGCUGCAACUUUACUCCUGACUGGGAUCGCGAGUUUUGGCUGCAGCUGGCCGACUUCAACAACACAGAGUUUGAUAUCCGCAUGCCGGAGCAAUGGCUGGAGCUCUGCCAGCAACCCGAUGGAAGCUUCCUUCCCUUGCAGGCCAAGGCCUUGCGCAUCUAUGAGACAAAGGGCUCUGUCUGGGAGGACUGUACAGUGGAGGGCCUCAAGGACCUGCAGGAUGGCAAGGGCACCAAAGAGUUCUUGGUGCGCUGGGCUUCCAGCCCAGAGAAGGACCUGGAGCCGGUUGGCCGACUGAGAAUAGUGAUCCAAGGCGAGGACCCGGAGGUGUUUGCCGACCGCAUCCUCUACGCCUUUCAAGCUCUUCAGAAGGCCCAAGCGAGAAUACGGCUCAACUUUUUCGUAGACAACAUGCCAGUUGACGACAUCCAGACCCUUGACGACGAUCAGGUCAUCAGAGUUAUGGAGUUGGCCAAGAAUUCAUCAAGUUUGAAAGAUGUGCCGGAAAAUUUCUGCCACGAGCUCGUGCGAGAAGCCAAUUUGGACUUCGCGAACAAGAUCAUCCUCGUCAGUGAUCCUCAGGCUGCUAGCGUAUCUUCGCGAGAGUGGAUGCUGCUAGUGGAUGUGGGUGGUACGGACGUCCACCCUGGCCUGAGCCGCUUGGUUCGUUUGCCCGCACCUCACGUGGUGAAACCCAGGCCCGGGACCGGCAAGUGCUGGACCCUUCGUGCCUUUGCAUCGAUCGGGUCGAUAGCGAUGGCGAGUGCCGGUGGCUAUCCUUCCUCGCAGGCAGUAGGCUCGAACGCGAAAUUCAAGAUCGGUCUCUGCCAGACUGGCGUCAGUCAUGACAAGAAGGAGAGCCUGGCAAAUGUGAAAGCAGCCAUUGAAGAAGCCGCGAAGAAGGGCGCCGAGCUGGUGGUUCUCGGUGAGAUGUUUAGCUGCCCCUACGCCACGAAAUACUUCCACGAGUAUGGCGAGCGGCUGCCCUUGCCAGGACAGAUGGCGGAUGAUUCGAGCCCCAGUGUGAAGCUCCUCUGCGAGCUGGCUCGAGAACUGAAGAUCUGGAUCGUGGGCGGCUCACUCCCAGAGCUGCACGAGGAUAAGAUCUACAACACCUGCUUGGUGCUGAAUCCGUCCGGCGGGAUUGUUGCAAAGCAUCGGAAAGUGCACCUCUUCGACAUAGAUGUGGCUGCGACAGCAUCGCGGCCCGCCAUGAAGUUCAAGGAGUCAGACGUUCUCUCGGCGGGAGAGACGAUGACUCUCGUCGAUCUCCCCUGGUGUCGGGCAGGCGUCGGAAUCUGCUACGACGCGCGCUUCCCCGAGCUGGCACUGGCCAUGCGCGCCCAGGGGGCAAAGGUGUUGAUCUACCCGGGAGCUUUCAACAUGACGACGGGGCCAGCACACUACCAGUUGCUCGCCCGUGGCCGGGCAGUCGACACUCAAUCCUACGUGGCCUUUGCCUCGCCAGCGAGAAGCAGCGACAAGAACGACUAUCAGGCCUGGGGGCAUUCACAGCUCGUCAGUCCAUGGGCAGAAGUGGUGAUCGAGGCGGAGCACGAGCCUGGCGUGUGGGUUGUGGAGAUCGACCCCUCCGAGGCAGAUCGCAUUCGGGAGCAGGCGAGCGGGUUCCAACCUCGUACCAGAAACGAGGUGAUCUUUAUGCGCCUUAUGCGCAGCUGGAGGACACCAAGCGGCGACGUGGUGAGAGCUCCCUGUGA